ACAAAAAAAACCCCAAAAAAACAAAAAACAGUAAGCUGUCCCUGGUUGGAAAAAAAAAAAAAAAAAAAAAAAAAGUUUGUGAAAGUGGCCUGACGUCACACUCCCACAAUGCUUACCGCCCCAUAACUCCGCUGCAGCCUGAAGAGAGCCAGACACACUCUCAGGCCCCGAAUUUAGAAAAAUUAUUGAAAAAAAUCGGGAAAAAUAAUAAAACGACAGAUCGAAGGGAGAAAAGAGCGGGGAGCGGUGGCGUGGGUUCACCCACGGUGGGUUUCUGGUCCGGUCCGGGAUGGAAGGUUACCGGGGCUCCAUGUGAAAUUGACUAAUGCGGUGCUGGAAACUUUUUUGGACAGUAAAGAUGCAGAGCAGUAUUUCCCACUCACCGCCAACCAUAGCUGUUGGGACUGGGUGAGGAGGAGGAGAGAUAAAGAGAGAGAAGGAGAGGAGCGACUGAAGCAGAGAGUGAGAGACGGAAAGUGCAACAUAUGUGAAGGACAAGUCGGAUUUGAAUAAACAGACUUUGGUUCACCUCGAUGUGUCUGCUCAACCACUGGCCCUUCCUGUGAGUUGUUGGUCACCUUCUUAUUUUGACAAACCCCCCCCUGCCCCCGCCACUUUCCACGUUGAGCCUGCAAGGCAGGGGAGCCACGAGUGGAUUUUCAUGGCAGCGGCACUCUAGGGCUGCCAUGGCAGCUGCUGCCGCCGAUGCCUCACACCGUUUUACCGCACUGACGCCGGAGGAAGAGGGACGACGGACUGCCGCCAAGCUGUUUGGGAGUGCCGCCCCGCUGCCACGGACAGAGAGAGAGAGAGAGCGAGAGAGGGGGAAAGAGAGAGAGAGGGAGAGGGAAGAAGAAGGAGGAGCAGAAGAGGUAGGGAGAGUGAGCGGGAACGAGUGUUUGGUGUGCGGGGCCCUGUUCGCCUCACAGGAGAAGCUCCGGCUCCACGUCUUGAGUCACACAGGAGAGAAACCCUUCCACUGCUCGCAGCCACACUGUCCCAAGGCCUUCAGCUCCAAAUACAAACUCUUCAGGCAUAUGGCCACACACUCUCCACAGAAGACCCAUCAGUGCUCAUUCUGUGAGAAAAUGUUCCACCGCAAAGACCACCUGAAGAACCACCUGCAGACCCAUGACCCCAACAAGGAGGCCUUCAAGUGUGAAGAGUGUGGGAAGCACUACAACACCAAGCUGGGAUAUAAGCGCCACGUGGCCAUGCACUCUGCCACGGCGGGGGAUCUCACCUGUAAAGUGUGCAUGCAGACCUACGAGAGCACCCCUAUUCUCCUGGAGCACCUCAAGAGCCACUCGGGGAAGUCCUCUGGAGGAGCCAAGGAGAAGAAGCACCCGUGCGACCAUUGCGACCGCCGUUUCUACACACGGAAGGAUGUGAGACGGCACAUGGUGGUCCACACGGGCCGAAAGGACUUCCUGUGCCAGUACUGUGCUCAGCGCUUUGGCAGGAAGGACCACCUGACCCGCCAUGUGAAGAAGAGCCACUCACAGGAGCUGCUGAAGAUCAAGACGGAGCCUCCUGAUAUGCUAGGUCUUUUAGCUUCGGGGUCACCACCUUGCUCUGUGAAGGAGGAGCUUAGCCCCAUGAUGUGUGGAAUGGGUCCCAACAAAGACCCCAUGAUGGGUAAACCCUUCCCCAGUGGCGCCCCUUUUCCCAUGGGCAUGUACAACCCCCACCACCUUCAGGCCAUGUCUAAUUCUGGGGUGGGUCAUCCACACCCGUCCCUGAUGCCCAGCUCCCUGUCUGCGGCUAUAGGCAUGGGCUGUCACAUGGAAUCCCCUGGACCUAUCCACCCACACUCCCAUCACCACCACCACCAUCACCACCAUCACCACCACCACCAUUCCCCUCCGCUGCCCACGCACCACCAGCCUCCGGCUCCCCAGCAGCAGCACCAGCCCCAGCAAGCCCCCAAAUACCAGCUGGGAUCUACCUCAUACCUGCUGGACAAGCCCUUGAAAGUGGAGAUGGAGAGCUUCCUCAUGGAUCUGCAGAGCGGCUUGCCAGGCCCAGUUCCCUCUGUGGAGCCCCACAAUGCUGCUUCGCCCCCCAAGGAUGGACUGGAGCCCACCUCGGGCCUGGCGGAUGAGCUUUGUGGGGAUCACCUCCUGUCCAAGAGCCCUGCGGUGAUCGCUGAGUCUCUGUGUGCUGCUAACAUGGACUUCUCCCACCUGCUGGGCUUCCUCCCCCUCAACCUGCCUCCCUACAGCGCCCCCAUGAGCACGGGAGGACUGGUGAUGGGCUACCCCUCAUCCGCGACCCCCUCCUCUUCUUCCUCCUCAUCUUCCUCAUCUCUCCACGCUGCCGAGCCCCACGCCGCAGCAGUUGCCGCGGCGGCAGCUGCACCUCUUACCUCUUUGCAACCGCAACCUCAGGAGCAGCAGAGCUCCGGCGGGGGUCUGGGCCUCGGACCCCUGCACCCCCUCCCACCAGUGUUCAGCUCCAGCCUUAAUACCACCACACUGCCUCGCUUCCACCAGGCCUUCCAGUGAGAGAGCCAGCCCCUCGGCCCAGCCUCAGCUCAGCCUGGAUAAUUCGGGCUGCGGUUCUUUACAGGGCCUGAUCAAACAGUUGGAGAAUUAGAUUAAAUAAAUACACAAAUGAACACAUUGAAGCCUUAAAUGAAAGCGCACAAAAGCUUUUGAUUGAGCCUUAAAAGGAAGUUAAAACCCCUUUGAGUAAAAAGGAAAAGGUGAGAAAAGAAGUUGAAACAGCUUUUAUUUGGGCUUUUUCCCCUUUAUCCUAUAGUUAUAAUGAUGUAUUAACCCAUCUUUUUUUUUUUUUUUCAAAAUUUCCAUUUACCCUUUUUAUCCCCCCUUCCAUUCCCUAUUUAGUAGUAUAGAGGGCAGGAUCAGUAGGCCAA